UGAUAGAUCUAGAAUUGUCUACCAGUUUCGCUGAAAGUCUGCUUUCCAUGUUAGCCAUCAAAAUGUUACUUCUACUCUUAUGUCUUUACGUGGUUGCAUCAGCAACUGAGCGAGCACCAUCCUACCUGAUUACUGCCCCGAAUAUCAUUCACAUUGGGGUAGAGGAAAGUGUCACUAUUCAAUUGCAUGAUGUCAAAGACGUUGUUCACUUUCAAGUGUAUUGCUGGGACAUAAUCAAAAGGAAGAAAUGUUCGGAGACAGCACUGUUUACACUAAAUCCAGAAAACAAUUUCCAGGAGACAAAAACUAUCAUGGUUUCCCAAAAGAAGGUUAAGGAGCUUUACCUUUGGCGACGUCGGCAAAAAUAUAUUUACUUGGCCGCUGAGAGUAAGGAAAUUCUCAAACAGCGAAGGAUGGUGCCUGUCAAACUGUCCAACAGAAAGGGUUACGUUUUCAUUCAGACUGACCAGCCAGUUUACACCCCCGGCCAAAUCGUGAUGUACAGAAUUUUUACGCUGGAUCACUACAUGAGGCCAGUAAAUGAUAAAAUAAGGGUUUCUAUAUACAACUCCCGCAGCAUACAACUCACAGCUGCUGACUGGAUGUCAGAGAAAAUGAAAUUGCUCCGGACAAGAGUCCCCGAUAAUGAAGAAUCUGGAAUUUGGCGAAUUGAGGCAGAGUUUUUGGAUUCGCCCAUGUCCAAAGUUUCAGCGCAGUUUGAAGUGAAGGAAUUCGUUCUCCCCAGGUUUGAAGUCAAGGUACAAGCAGAUCAAAUGUUCUACCUUGUGACCAAGGAGGAGUUCAAGUUCAAAAUAGUGGCAAUGCAUACAUAUGGUGAGGCAGUCGAGGGUAAGGCAUUUGUGAGAUUCGGGAUCCUUCACGGAAUUAACAAGACGUAUGUUGGAGGUCUCGAACAAGAGCUAACAUUGGUGAAGGGAGAAGUCAAUUCCUCUCUCAACACUCAAAGGCUAUUGGAAAAAUCCAACCUGAUGAACACUGAUGAGCUUGUGGGUCUGCAUCUUUAUAUGGCUGUGACUGCUGUAGAAUUAGUCAGUGGUGAAAUGGAAGAGACAGAACUCACCAGCAUCAAAUUUGUUUCUUCACCAUACGUGAUGGAUUUAUCAAAAACAAGCCGCUUCUUCUCUCCAAUGUCUUUUUUCAGUGUCAUCACAACUGUAACCUAUCCAGAUGGGACUCCAGCUGUCAAUGUGCCCGUGAAUAUUGAUGGACGCCAAUCGACAAGCACCAAUGAGGAUGGUGUGGCUGUCUUACAGAGGGACACUCAAGAUAAUGCCAGUGUUCUUAACAUGAAGGUGACGGCUGGUGAUGGAAAACCUGGGACGGAAUUCCAAGAAACAAUGGUGACAGCCCAUGUCUAUCAAUCCCCCAGCAAGAGUUAUCUUCACAUAAAGGCACCUCACAAGGUGCAGAAGGCGGGUCAAUACAUGAUUAUAGAACUGACAGCUAUCACAGAACUGGGCAGUGGAGAUAUUGAUUACUUUUACUAUACCCUCUUAAGCAAAGGCAGGGUGAUUGCAUCCAAUAGGAUUCACAAGGCGGAUCCUACGAAGCUCCGCUUUCAAGUGACACUUGACAUGGUACCCACAUUUCGCUUUCUUGCCUACUAUUAUGUUUCCACUGGAGGAAGAAGGGAAAUUGUGGCGAACUCAGUGUGGAUUGAUGUGGAGGAUCAGUGCGAUGGGCAGAUAGAAAUAAUGGAAAGUGAUGCUUUCUAUGGACCGGGUGAUUCAUUUGACCUGCAAUUCUCCACCAACGAUGCAGCAAAUGUGUCUUUUGUUGCUGUUGAUUCAGCAAUGUACAUCCUAAACAACAAGAAUAAACUCACAGUCCGGAAGGUUUUUGACGCAAUGAAUGCUUAUGACCUGGGAUGUUUCUAUGGAGGUGGAAUUAACAGUGUUGGUGUUUUCAGGGAUGCUGGACUGAGUUUUAUUUCUGAUGUGGACGUAGCCUCUGUUAGACAUGAAUACUCCUGCAGAAACGAAAUCAGAAGAAUGAGGAGAGAAUUAAAUCUGCAGCGGAAAUUUGCUGGAAAAUUAAACGAAUACCCAGAUCGCAGAUUGCGGAAAUGCUGCAUGGACGGAAUUACUAAGAUAUUAAUGGAAUUUAGCUGUGAACAACGAGCAAGUCGGGUCAACGAGGUGGAUUGUCGACAGGUUUUCAAGAGUUGUUGCAUCUAUGGAGUGGAACUGAGGAAGAAUCAGACGCUGAAGGUGAAUUCGAUAGCGCGAUCCGCUGUGAAUGAAGAAGAAGAAUUUUUCGAUGAAACUUCGAUUCAUGUACGUAGCGUAUUUCCACACAGCUGGCUAUGGAAAACAGUCGAGGUUUUCAGUGCGGGAGAUCACACGUUAAGAAACUACAUUCCUGAUGCCAUAACUACUUGGGAAAUACAAGCAGUUGGCAUGUUUGCAAAUAAAGGAUUCUGUAUCGCUGAACCAAAGAAGGUGACAGUGUUCAAACCAUUUUUUAUAUCCAUGAAACUACCUUACUCUGUCAAAAGGAAUGAGCAGUUGGACGUGAGAGCAGUAUUGUACAAUUAUCUGCCUGAAGAACUCGAGGUGUUCGUAUACAUGAGAAAAGCAGAGGGGCUGUGCAGUGCUGCUGUUUCAAGGCAUAAUGCAAAGAAAGUUCUGAUCAAAGCAAAUUCAGCUGUCUUUGUUAACUUUGCUAUUGCUCCAUUGGUCAUUGGCAACAUGCCAAUCAAUGUUAUUGCUUUCAGCAAAACCACUAUGCACGGGGAUGCUGUGUUAAAAUAUCUGAAAGUUGUGCCUGAAGGUGUAAUUGUGACAGAAGAAUCAAGCAUCCUCAUAAAUCCCAAAGCAAAAAGCACCUAUGAAAUAUCUGAAGAAGAGCCAUCUAACUUGGUACCUGACACUGACAAUUAUAUGUACAUCCGUGCCACAGGGACAGUAAUGGGAGAGGCAGUGGAGAACUCACUAAGUGCUGCUGGAAUUGACAAUCUCAUUAAAGUCCCCACUGGGUGUGCAGAGCAAACGGCGAUGCAUAUGGCCCCUACAGUCUUUGCUGUUGAAUACCUUGACCAAAGCGAUCAAUGGCUAUCACUUAAAGCCGAACGCAAGGACGAAGCAAUCUUCCACAUUGAAACAGGGUAUAAUAGAAUGUUGGGAUAUAAGAAAGAUGAUGGGUCCUAUGGAGCCUGGAAAACUUAUCCAAGCAGCACAUGGUUGACUGCGUUUGUUGUAAAAAUACUCUCAAUGGCACGGACACAAAUUGUUGUCAAUGACGAAUUCAUCCGGGAAUCUGUAGCCUACCUCAUCCGUGGGCAAAAAGUAUCUGGAGCAUUUGAAGAUCCUCAUCCAGUGAUAACCAGAGACUUACAGGGUGGAGUUAGUGGAACCGAAAAAGAUGUCUCCCUCACAGCGUUUGUGACAAUAGCAUUGCAUCAUUCCUUGGCGGCCUUUCGACAGAAUAAUAUUGCAGAGAUUUCACGAGUGGAAAAAAGCAUUGAAAGUGCCGUUAAUUUUUUGCAUGGUGAGCUGCUGAAUAUUAACCAGUCUCACACCAUUGCCAUCACCGCGUACGCACUUGCCCUUGUGAAGACAAAUAUGGAUAAAGUUCUCCAAGCUGAUAGAAAAUUGAAAGCACUCGCAUCCUAUGACGAUGAUUCUGAUGUUCGUUACUGGAAAGCUGAGAAAACAUUGUUGCAGGACGAGAAGCCGUAUUCAGUUGAAGCAGCACGGGCUUCUGCGGUGACUGUGGAAACCACUGCUUAUGCCUUGCUUCAAGCAUUGUCAAGGAAUAAUAUUGACUACGCAACACCAAUUGUGAGGUGGCUAACGAUGCAACAGAACUACGGUGGUGGAUUUCACUCGACGCAGGACACUAUAAUUGCCUUGGAAGCUUUAUCACGAUACUACAUUGCAUUUCUGAAGAGGGAAGAAGAAAUCAAUAUGCAAAUUCAAUUCCAUGUUUUUGGAAGUCCCGUUGAGAACAUGAUUCAUUUGCGCAGGCGUAAUGCUCUGACUGAGAAAGAAUUGAAGUUUCCACUUGGAAGAAAGAUUCGCAUCGAAUUGACUGGUCAAGGAAAUGGGACACUGACUUUCCGCAAGCUAUACCAUAAACUGGAGGAGCCUUUCAGUGCUUGCAAAAAGGUUCACCUCUCUGUUAUUACCGAAGGAAAAUUGGAGUUUAAAAAACCAUACGAUUACACUAAUUUUGAUGAGGAAUUUCAUGAUUACGAGUCCCAUCCGUUUGACUCACAGUUUGGUACCAUAGGUUGGUAUGAUCUUCGUUCGAGAAGGAAAAGGGAUGUUCCAGAUGCAGAAAAUCGUCAAACCAUUUACUACAAAGUCUGUUACUGGCGAGAUAGUGAUGAUGAGGAGAAUCAGUUCCAGUCUGGAAUGGCAGUUGUCGAUAUUUCACUCCUCAGUGGUUUGGAACCUGAGCUGGUGCAACUUGAUAAGCUAAAAAAUGGAGUUGACAAAUACAUCGAUGACUAUGAUUUCAAAGAUGGAAGGGUCAUACUUUAUUUGGAUACGGUCCGUGAGGAGAAAGGAUGUGUCGUGUUUGCCACCAAACAAAUUGUGCCGAUGGGUUUCGUGCAGCCAGCAUCAGCCACUCUAUAUGAUUUCUAUAAUCCAAGUAUAAGAUGCACUGUGGCGUACAAUGCUCCUGAAAUGAAUCCGAUGAUCUCCAAGAUCUGCAACAGUGAAGUUUGCAUUUGUGCUGAAG